AUGAAGGUGAUAACUAAGGCCCAGCAAGGCGGAAACACAGACAGAUGGAGUCGCGCUACAGUCAGCACGAAGGGAGGAGAGAUAUGCUAUGACCGGCUGGGGUGCUUCACAAGCAAUGCCCCAUGGGCUGGAACGCUACAGAGACCAAUAGGUCACUUACCCUGGGCUCCAGAGAAGAUUAACACUCGGUUCCUGCUCUACACCAGGGACAAUCUGAAAAAAUAUCAGGAACUCAGCGCCAUCAAUCGAGAUACAAUCACGAAGUCUAAUUUUCAAACAUAUCGGAAAACUCACAUCAUUAUUCAUGGAUUUAUUGAUGAUGGGGAAAAGAACUGGAUGGUGGACAUGUGUCAGGCCAUUUUACAGGCAGAAGAUGUGAAUUGUUUCUGCGUUGACUGGAGCGACGGCUCGCGGACUCUGUACACUCAGGCGGCCAAUAACAUCCGAGUAGUGGGGGCAGAAGUCGCCUAUUUUGUUAAAGCUCUUGGGGAAAUGUUGAAAUACGACCCGUCUAAAGUUCACCUCAUUGGGCACAGUCUGGGGGCGCACACUGCAGGAGAAGCUGGAAAAAGACAGCCUGGAAUUGGAAGGAUAACUGGACUGGAUCCCGCUCAGCCGUAUUUUGAGGACACCCCUCCUGAGGUCAGAUUGGAUCCUUCCGAUGCUCUUCUUGUUGAUGCCAUUCACACUGAUUCCACACCAACUAUACUCAACCUAGGGUACGGGAUAAGUCAGACGGUUGGUCAUCUGGAUUUCUUUCCAAAUGGAGGAAAACAAAUGCCAGGAUGUAAGAAGAAUGAGGUCAUCAAUCAUGUGAACCCCGAUAACAUCACACCGACUGUUGAUGAAUUAGUCGCCUGUAAUCACUUGAGGAGCUACAGGUAUUACACCGAGAGCAUCAGAAACCCUGAUGGCUUCAUUGGAUUCCCAAGCUCUUCAUAUGACGCCUUCAUAGCCGGGGAGGGGUUCCCAUGCCCCAGUGGUGGCUGCCCACUGAUGGGACACUACGCUGAUCAAUACCGAGGAGUCACAUCCAACACUCCGCCAUUUUACCUAAACACAGGAGACCAGACAAAAUUUUCCCGCUGGAGAUACAAGGUGUCCGUCCGCACUGCUGGGGGCACCAGUGUUUGGGGAAAUGUCGCUGUGUCUGUACAGGGGUCUAAUGGAAACAUCCCAGACUACACUGUAUACAAGGGACAUCUUAGACCAGACACAGUGUACACAGCUUUCAUAGAUGCUGAGGACAACAUCGGAUCCAUCUCUAAGGUGACAUUUACAUGGCGCAGUUACCUGCCCAAUAUUUCCCACAACAAAUUGGGCGCCUCCUCUGUGACCGUACAGUUCGGGAAGGACGGAGCAGAGAGCUCAUUCUGCGACAAUGUGACUGUACUGGACGGUAUUCACCAGGUUCUCCGCCCCUGCGCCUCUCCUCUGCCUCUAUAAUGAUUAUACAGUGGAUAUAGCAGAGCUGGGGGAGUCAUUUACUGUAACUAAUAGAAAC